AUGAAGCUUGCAAUUUUAGAAGUGCCUGCUCUGGGCACUACAGGAUUACAGAAUGCAGGUUUGAAUGACCCGGAGUGUUAUGUGGACAGCGGAAGAUACCGCGUAGACAGGCGGAAGUUCGACAUAAAAGCAAUGCAGGACGACAUUACCCAAAUCAUGAAGGAUGAUUACGAUAUAUUUAUUGUUGCAACGGCUGUGCCUGCGGACUGGAGCGUUAGACUGGCGGUUAUCAAUUUUCUUAUCUCAGGAGGCGAGAAGGUCUUAGGAGUACCGUUCCUACUGACGCAGUCAAGACACACUCAAGGAUAUACGACACAGAAGCACAACUUUCAAAAAUUGCAUUCAUCGAGGGCGGCAGGGUAUUCUGUGCUAGCCCUUGUUGUUGGCUCUGAAGCGAUGGUGUUUGAACCUGCCAAGAGGAUCAACGGUGGUAUCGAAUCCAUAGUCGUGCGGACACAAUUGCGGAAGGAUCUCAUGGAGACUGCCCGUUUGGCUGUCCUUGACGAAAUGCCCAAAUACAGAGGCGCCCUGGUUCGUGUGGAUCUCUGGGUUGACUGUGAGACUGAAAGGGUUGAGUUCUUGGAUGCAACCUAUAGUCUUGAUCUUUUCUCUCCAAUUAGCCGGACUAUCGAUGAUAAAUUAGUCCAGAGUACAGUGCCCGGGGGCCACACCGCAUUGCUUGAUCUUAUGAUAGCAGUGAUGAUGACAGAGGACAAAGCAUCAGGUAUCCAGCAAAAGGUCAUCGACAGCUAUGCAACCUUCCAGCCGCAGUAUGACGAAUCAAUGACACCUACGCCCUAUUUCCGAUUCAUGCAAAAGUUGACUCUGGACUUUGAUUGGACCGGUACGGUCCUUGAUCUAGGAUGCGGAACGGGUGUGCUCGGUACACUCCUCCACGAGAAAGGCGCCCCGUUUAGUAUCAUGGGCGUGGACCUCUCACCAGAGAUGACCCAGUCUCCAGCAGUCCUAAGCUACUAUGUGUCUCCGGUUACUGUUGGGCCAUUGCAGACGACAAUCAUGAAGUCUAUUGAGUUUGACCAUGUUGCCUGUUUUGGCGCGUUAGGUUAUCUACCCGAGCCUGAUUUCAUCGCUGUGUUAAUGCGCAUGUUUAUGGUCGCAAGGAAAUCGAUCACGUUUGACGUGGGAGAUUUUUCCGAUGUAUCCCCGGAUACAGAUCCAGAUGAUGCCCUCAUGUUAUGGAACAAUCACCUCAAGACAUGGAAAAAUUUCAGAGUCCCUGUUGGGUGGCGAUUCGCCUGCAAUGAAUAUGGUCUUUAUUUCCAUGAUGAGCAGAAGGGUUGUAAGGAGGUGGGCUAUAUGGUUCGAUUGGAAAGGGCAGUUUAG